GCAGGAUCAUGAGCCAAUCAGCAUUUGAGAUGUAAUCUAAGCAGCAAAUCAGAAUCAAGAGGCGGGAGCAUAAGCAAUUUUUUUUUUUCAUCUGAGAGGAAAUCCUAGGGAAAUGUGUGGGAUCAUCAUGCACUGUGUUUUCAAGAGGCUAGUACGAUAUUGACUAACUGUUUUUUACACCGAGACGGAUUUAUAGUGUCUGGUAACGAACAUAGCUGUGUUCAGAUACAUUUAGAGUGGAGGCAAACAGCGGAAGCGACCGUUGUUAGGUCAAAAUGUCGAUCCAGUACGAGGUGGAACAGCUGGCUGACAGCUACGGGGUCGCGGACUCGUUCCCUAAAGAUUUCGAUUAUGGUGAAGAGGAGGCCGACAUCGAGGAUAGCUCGGCCUCGUCAGACAGCAAGCCAAGAAUCCUGCUCAUGGGUCUGAGGCGAAGCGGCAAAUCAUCCAUACAGAAGGUGGUGUUCCACAAAAUGUCCCCCAAUGAGACGCUGUUUUUAGAGAGCACCAACAAGAUCUACAAGGAUGACAUCUCUAGCAGCUCCUUUGUUAACUUCCAGAUCUGGGACUUCCCAGGCCAGGUGGACUUUCUCGACCCCACCUUUGACUACGAGAUGAUCUUCAGAGGAACCGGGGCGCUAAUAUUUGUAAUCGAUGCUCAGGAUGACUACAUGGAGGCUCUGGGGCGGCUCCAUCUCACCGUGUCACGGGCCUACAGGGUCAAUCCAGAAAUCAACUUUGAGGUGUUUAUCCACAAAGUGGAUGGCCUUUCAGACGAUCACAAGAUUGAAACGCAGAGAGACAUCCAUCAGAGAGCCAAUGAUGAUCUAGUAGAUGCAAGUUUAGAGAAGCUGCAUCUCAGCUUCUAUUUGACAAGUAUUUAUGACCACUCCAUCUUUGAAGCCUUCAGCAAAGUGGUGCAGAAGCUCAUCCCCCAGCUGCCCACCUUGGAGAACCUCUUAAAUAUCUUCAUUUCUAAUUCAGGGAUUGAGAAGGCCUUUCUGUUUGACGUGGUCAGUAAGAUCUACAUCGCCACAGACAGCUCGCCCGUAGAUAUGCAGUCCUACGAACUGUGCUGUGAUAUGAUCGAUGUGGUUAUCGACGUCUCCUGUAUAUACGGCCUGAGGGAGGAUGGCAGUGGCAGCGCCUAUGACAAGGAGUCCAUGGCGAUCAUCAAGCUGAACAACACAACUGUGCUGUACCUUAAAGAGGUCACCAAAUUCCUCGCUCUGGUCUGCAUUCUAAGAGAGGAGAGCUUCGAGCGUAAAGGAUUAAUAGACUACAACUUCCACUGUUUCCGGAAGGCUAUCCAUGAAGUGUUUGAGGUUGGAGUUUCUGCUCAGCGUCCUUUAGGCUCACAGGCGGUGGGCUCACCCUGCAACAAGGCUGUCGCAUUGAACGGCAUGCCACGCAACACCGUGUAAACACUGAAGCAAGAUUAAUAAAUAAAUAAAAACAUGAAAAAUGGAGGUAGAAGAAAGGAAAGUUGGGGAUACAAUACUGGGGUUCACCAGCGCUCCAGUCACAUCCCCUUGCUCCCCAGCACCUAAAGGACUGAUGGAUGCCUUGAUCGAGGAAGCAGCAGUGAAGCACAGACAGGGAGUUUGGGCAUUUGUUUUAGGUGAAUGUAAAGGACUGUGUUCGCUGUGUCAAGGUGGAGAAACUGCACCUGAACAGGAACAGGUUCAGCAUCUUUCCUCUGAUUUCCUAAACUGUCUGAGGCUGCGAUACUUAGCUGCUGGUUCUUUUUAUGUGGAAGAUGUGAGAAGGAAAAAAAAAAAACAACAACUGUCUGACCUCUGCUGGACAAACUGUGACAUCUCGAUACUUUGUAGUGAUGAACCCGACCACUUCUGUGCUGAAAAAGACGGUGGAUGUGAACUGAUUGUCCUAACCCACACACGUUCAGAGAUGGCCUUAGGUAGAUGGAGCUAGACAACAGUGCAAGCUUCCUCCUACCACCCCUCCCCACACCUCACCUCACCCUAACCUAAUGCUGCACAAAACUUGCUUUUUGGUUUCACUUGUAAAGGGAAACGGGUGUUGUGAGCAGACUGAAAAGGGAUUGUGCUGUCCAUCCAUCAAUGUUGUUGUGAGGGAGUGGAUAUCUGUGUAUGAGUGUUUGGAUUUCAGUAAAAAUGUUUUGAUUUAAUCCCAUUCUGGCCUUUAUGCAGUGAAGGAUCUUACACACAAAGUUUACAUCCUUCAUCUCCAUAACAGCAGCUCAGUAUAAUUAAAUGCUUUUCAUUUAGUUAAAGUAAUCAUUUUUUGUUAUGCUCUGUAGAAAAAUUUAAAUUUUUAUUUGGUUUGUGGUUAUCAAAAGGAGUUUGACUUUCGGUAUAGCACUGCCAAAAAAAAUCAAGAAAUCUUUUAAGACACCAUAAUUAAAUCGGAAAAAGAUUUUUGUAUUAGAAAAUAAAUUGGUUUAACACUUGCAUGUGUCUCAACCUGUAAUUUCAAAUACAUGCCCAACUUUAUGAAUCCAUAUUUUGUGUUUCAUUCGGAUCAAAAGGGUUCACCAGAACAGCAAGGUCCCAUUCCAAGCAUGUGCUCGUCAGUGUGUUGUCAACUUGUUCUCAGCCGUAACACUGCUCAUUGUAAUCAAAAGUGAAAAUAAAAAUGAACUAAGACAAAUAAAAAGAUAUGUGUAUAUCUAGAAGAAAUGACCAAACAA